AUGGCCACGCUGAAGUUUGUCAACUCGGUAUGGGCGAAUUUUCGGGCGAUAUCAGGCUUGGAACCAAGACUGCUGGAUAAUGUACGCUGGCCUCACUCUUUGCUACGAGCUACACCGUGCGACCUCAGCUUUGUGUCCCGUCGGAUGCUCGUUGGCAGCGGGUUUAUCUCUCGGGACCCAGAGUCCACCGACCCCAUCUUCGACGGCACUGUCAAAUUUGAGCUGGAUGUGCAAAAGGAACACACAAACCGAUUGGGCAUUCUUCAUGGCGGCACAAUUGCUAGCAUGGUGGACAUUGGAGGCUCGCUUGCCGUUGCCUCCCACGGUCUUUUUGCGACAGGUGUAUCGACCGACUUGAAUGUCUACGGAGUACCAGUGACCUAUCUGGGCUCAGGAGGCAAGGUUGGUGAUAGGAUACUUGCAGAGGUAACAUGCGAUAAGUCGAACUUGAAGCGCGCUCUCUGGAGAUUCUACUGA